CCCGUGUCCCCUGCAUUGGCAGGUGGAUUCUUAAUCACUGUGCCACCAAGGAAGCCCCUUCUUGCCUUCUUAAGAAAGUUAAGGCUAAGCUGGUUGAUCCUGACUCUUAACAAGACUUUGGAAUUCCCGGCAUAGAGACUAGAUCAGGAUUUUUUUAAGUUGGAGGACUUAAUUUGAGUUCACUACAGAAUCCCUAUUUGGUGCACAAGGUUGGCUAUUCAACAGAGAUUUCAGCUUUGCAAGUCAGUUGGAGUUGAUUGCUCCCUUGGAAACUGCUAGUUGGUGGUGGUCAACAGAAGUCUCAACAUAGACAUAGGCGAGGAAGGUCUUGCUGAGGACUCACCCAAAAAGAAAACCCCAAAGGAGCACCCUGAGAAACUGAUUUCAGGAUGAAGCUGCAAGGCGAAGAAGAAGUGCUUUAAACACCAACAAAUGCUGCCCUUGACCAACAGAUGCAGAAAGAUUCUUCUCCCAAUACUGCAGCCCCCGAGGGUGAGAAUCUGGCUCCUAAGAGGGCAAACUUCCUCUCCUGCCUGCUGUGCUCAAGUCGCAGAGACCCACGGGACUUGUACAUGGCGCACCGCAGUCGCAGUUAAAAUUGACUUUGACUUGGCACCAAGUUCCUUUGAUGAUCAGUACCAAGGCUGCAGCCAACAAGUCAUGGAGGACCUGAUUCAAGGGGAUUAUUUUACAAAAGAACUAGAAUCUGGUAGGAAUUACCACAGGGUCUGGCAACGUGCACACUUAACCUGGUUGAGACAAGGAAAAGCUCUCCCUGAGAACAUGACUAUUACACAUGCUGUGGCCAUCUUGGUUUAUUCAUCAAACGACAGUGUUCGUUCAGACUUCUCCAGAGCCAUGGCCAGUGCUGCUGGGUCUCCCCAGCAAUAUAAACAUUCAUUCCAUUUCAAAUAUCUACACUACUACCUGACCACGGCAAUCCAGCUGCUGAGGAAAGAGAUUGUCACAAGGAAUGACUCUCCGUGUUAUGAGGUGCACCAUGAGGUGAAGGGCGUUUACUUGGAAGCCCCCAUGGGUGCCACCAUUCGCUUUGGCCAAUUCCUCUCCACCUCUCUCCUGAGAGAAGAGGCACAGAAGUUUGGGGACCAAACUCUGUUUACCAUAUUGACCUGCCUGGGGGCACCUGUACAAGACUUCUCUCUCAAGAAGGAGGUCCUGGUCCCUCCCUAUGAGCUGUUUGAAGUUGUAAAUACGAGCUACCACCCAAGAGGAAAUUGGUUGCAAUUGCGGUCAGCUGGGACCCAGAGCACGUAUAACUGUCAGCUGCUAAAAGCUUCCAGCAAAAAGUGCAUCCCUACUCCCGUAGUUAUUGCUUCUCUCUCAUUUUUGACCUGUGUCAUCAUCUCUUCCAAAAGUAGAGCAUAAAGGAAGGUUGUGGUUUUUGCCUUCCCUGUACCCUUUUGCUUUAUUCCAGUCAGGGCACCCUGUAUACCCGUAAAGAAUCAUUCUGCCCAGCUAUCAGCUGAUUCAGAGCUGGCUCAGUCCACUGCCUAUGGGUAGACCUGUAGGUAUAUUUCUUCUUCAUGGAUACAGAGAUUCAUGUUGGGUAGAAAAUGACUCAACCUGAGCCUGUGAGACAUAAUCAGGGUACUUUAUUGGAAUUGGGGCUGGGAGUGGGGUGGGGGCCAUUUUUUUUUUUUUUUUGAGUGGAGAUUAGUGAAAG